AACGGAGUGGCCGCAAUAAAAGUUGGUACGGAGCGCGGUUCGAGCAGGUAUGCGCGGGUUUUCCCGUCCCAUAAUUUCUUCUCUGAAAAAGAAAUGGCGGGAAAUUUUACCGCAUAAACGAACGAAUGGUAUAAAGGCAGAGAAUCCCUCAUUCUCUUCUCUCCAAAACCCUUCCGUUCGCAUUUCUCUCCCCACAGAAAUGGCGAAAAAGAAGCAGCAGAAAGCUAGGGUUUCUGAAGGAAGCGAAGAGGAAGAGCAUCAAAACCGAGAAGAAGAAUACCCUACGCCCAAAGAAAAGAGCUUAUACGAGAUUCUUGGUGUGGAGAGGACUGCAUCCCAACAGGAAAUAAAGAAGGCGUACUACAAGUUGGCCUUGCGUCUUCAUCCAGAUAAGAAUCCUGGUGAUGAGGAGGCUAAAGAGAAAUUCCAGCUGUUGCAAAAGGUGAUAUCGAUUAUUGGAGAUGAGGAGAAAAGGGCACUUUAUGACCAGACUGGAUGUGUUGAUGAUGCUGACCUAGCUGGGGAAGUUGCUCAAAAUCUUCAGGAGUUCUUCAAAUCAUUGUACAAAAAGGUUACAGAGGCUGACAUUGAAGAGUUUGAAGCUAACUACAGAGGAUCAGAUAUAGAGAAGAAGGAUUUGAAGGAUCUAUAUAAGAAGUGUAAGGGUAAUAUGAACAGGCUUUUUUGUUCGAUGAUUUGUUCAGAGCCAAAACUGGAUUCACACCGGUUCAAGGAUAUCAUUGAUGAGGCAAUAGCUGCAGGAGAGCUGAAGGAAACUAAAGCAUACAAGCAAUGGGCAAAGCAAGUGUCAGAGACUAAACCACCUACAAGUCCUCUAAAAAGGAAGGGCAAAUCCAAUAAACGUGCAGAUACUGAUCUGGUGGCAGUUAUCUCUCAGCGCCGAAGCGAGAGGAAAGAACAGUUUGAGUCUAUGUUCUCCUCCAUAAUGGCAAAAUACAAUGGUGGUGAGCCCUCCCUUGAGCCAAAUGAAGAGGAAUUUGAGGCUGCGCGGAGAAGGCUUGAAAGCAGCAAACAGACCAAAAAGCGAAAACAUAAGUGAAGAAUCCAUGGAAUUUUGCCCUUGGUAAGGACUCCAGUAGAAUAUUUGCUUCCCAUCAACUGGUUGCAUCUUUCCAUGUAUUUAUUUCUUUUCUCCACUCCAUGAAUCCUAUAGUGUGCUUCGUUUGUAAGUUGUGUUGAUAUUUGGCUGCAUUUCUCCAAUCAGUCGGCUGUCUUUGAAGCUUUCUCAUUUCUUUCUCAAAUAUAGAAACGGGAACCUUUCUAA